UUGGAUCUGAUUUGCCAGUAUUUUACUGAGUAUUAUUGCAUUAGUGUUCAUGAGGGAUAUUGGUCUGAAGUUCCUUGUUUUCCCAAGCUGGAGUUUAUUUAAACUCCAAUUAAACUUUUCUUUGUUUGUUUUUCCAUACAAGGUUUCUCUGUGUAGCCAAGGUUUCCAAGUUCCUGGAACUCUCUGUAGACCAGACUCGCCUAGAUUUCAAAGAGAUACACCUGCUUCUGCCUCUCAAGUACUGUCAGACAAAUAUUCUCUUCAUCACUUUGAACACAUCAGGCGAUUGUCUCUGGGAUCCUGGGCUUUGGUUUGAUGUCUCAGGCCUAAUGGGUAUCAUAUGAAUGACAUCAUCUAUAACCCUCACAGAUGUUAGUCCAGGCCCUGGGUUUCCAUGGAACACAGCAUUUUGUCACAACAUGCCAACGUAGUCAGAGGCUGCCUGCUCUCAGAGUGAAUGCUCCUGGUCCAUCUCCCCACACAUACACUCUGGGUUUCCAGGUGUCUGUUGUCUUGGCAACUGCUAUUGCAUCUGGUUUUACUAGAGGCUCAUCUCUGUGAGUGUUGGGUGCAGUAAGAGGAUCAUGAUUCUCCCCCUAUGACUGGGUCUUAGAUUCUGUGACCUUUGUUUCAUUCUCUGAGUUUCUGGAUGGUUCCUGACAGUGCCAUUGGAGUCACAUUCUGCAGUCCACGGAUAUGGAAGGUACUUAAUUCUUUUCCUGAGCAACAAGUACCUGGUUAGGUUGUCUGCAAUGUCUUUGGGUGUCUCCUUUAGGACAUAGGAAUGUGUAGUUAUGGACAGUCACCUGGGCCUGAUAUAAACAUUUUCUUUAAACUUCCCCAUUGUGAAUUUGUUUCUAGCCAUAUCAACAAGGACCCGACCAUGGAGCAGGGCAGGGAGGCCUACUACUCCUCCGAGGAGUCCUUCAUGACGGACUAUAAGAUGAUGAUGACCCUGGGCCGGGGACAUUUUUCCAAGGUCAAACUGGCCUUCCACGUUCCUACUGUAACCUGUGUGGCUGUAAAAGCUGCUAGAAAUAAGAAGAACGCAUCUCUUGUCAACCGUGAAGUCAACAUCAUGAAAUGUCUCAAAUAUCCGAAUAUCAUUAAGUUGUUUUUACGUGCUCCAAACAAGAGAUACCACCUUCUAGUGAUGGAGUACACAUCAGAGGUAGAUCUUCUUCGACACAUUCUGGAAGUGGGGUCCUUAGAGGAGAGCGAGGUGCGAAGGCUAUUUACCCAGAUACUCCUUGCAGUGGAGUACUGCCAUAGCAACCAUAUUGCCCACAGGGACAUUAAGGCCAAUAACAUACUCCUGGACAGCAGAGGUGAUGCCAAACUGUGUGAUUUUGGCCUUGCUGCCAACGUGACCCCAGGACAGCUGCUGAAGGACUUCUGUGGCACUCUGCUCUACUGUGCCCCAGAACUCUUUGCAGAGGAGGCCUAUGAUGGGUGUGCCACAGAUAUGUGGAGUCUAGGUGUGCUCCUCUUCCUAAUGGUGGUUGGGCGCUUUCCCUUCCGGGCCAGCUCUCCUAAAGGUGUUAGGCAUCAGAUCCUUGUCGCAAACUUCACCAUACCUCAGCAUGUUUCCAUUGAUAUUUUCAAUGUCAUCGUAGAACUGCUGAUGAUCAACCCGGGAAGGAGGCCGACCAUUGAUCAAAUCAUGAAGCGCCCCAUGAUCAGGGACAGGAAGACUCGUUUGCCACCUCCUUCCACACAGAAACCCCCAGGCACCCUGAGCCCAAGCAUUGUCAACACCAUGGUGGUCAUGGGGUAUAAAUCUGAGGAAAGAAUUGAUUCUCUGAGAGACCCAAACUACAACCAGGUGAUGGCCACUUACCUGAUUCUCCAACACCAGUCUCCUGGGGGAGACUGCUGCCAUCACCAGGUGAAAUCCAUGCAGCCAGACCUUGUCCUCAACCUGGAUGAUCUUCACACAAUUGUGUUAACAUGUCACAUGAACGCUUCCAUUUUAUUUUCUGACUUUUGGUUCUGUCCACAUUGUUUGGAAGGAAACUCUUUUCCUUUGUUGGUUUUAGUGUUCACACAGAGUCUUGUCCUGUUAAGUAGGAACAACUCAGGUUCAGUGUAGGGAGUUGCAGGCUGAGUGUAACCCUUCACAAGGAACAUGCACGUUCUGAUUAUUUAAAUUCUGAGAUGUGGAUCCUGGCGCUGGGAGCUGCGUGAAUGCAAAGACUGAAACCAGCCUGUGGCAGCAUCCUUGUCUCAUCUCAGGCCUGGUGGAUGAGAGAGGCCGGAAUGGCAGCUUGCUGCCCAGAGGUCAGGGAGACACCUCAUUUGAAAAGUAAGGUGGAAGUCCAUGGUGGUGGAGCACCACAUAACCCAGGACUGGGAGCAGCCUGAUCUCUGUUGUUUCUGGUCUGUAGCCUGGGCUACAGAGAGAGUUCAAGCACAGCCACUUGUGCACAGAGAAACCCUGUCUCAAAAAUCAAACUAAAGUAUUAGGGUGUGAAAGCACUGGGUCUCUAUUCCUGGUCUACACACGAGCUCAAUCAGUGAGAAGAGACAGACAGACACGACCACUCACACAUACACCCCUGUGGGCAUGGAUGUGUCAGGCUAAUAUACACACAUACUCAUUAUGUACAGUUCUCCAAUCCUGCCUUACCUGUUCCUCAAUUCUGUCUAGACCCUAUAUCCAUCGUAUUUUAUUCUCAUUUUCAAAAUUCAAGACUCAUAAACCCCACAGUGACAGAUGUAUCAGGCUUUUCUUAUAGAAUUCCUUUUUCCCUUCUCUCUUCUUAUUUUGAAACAGGUUUCCUGUAUGCAGUACAGGCUGCCAAGAAUGGCGACCCUGCUACACCCAACUGAGUGUUGGGGCUACAGAUGACCUGACUUUCUACUGAGAGUCUUUUGAAGGACCACAAACAUGAGCGUAGCCUUUUCUUCUGAAGCUGGUGAGCUGUGACCUGGCUGGGAGGGAGGUAAAGGAAGGUGUCCCCAUCCCAUGCCAUAUCAAGGACACGCAGGUCAGUGUGCAGCAGCCCAGGUCAUCACCCGUGUAGCCAGAUAUUUUCAAAGCCCCGUUCUGAUUAGCAGUCCUCAGGCUGGUCUCAUCUAACUUCCUACGCAGCUCCGUGGGACAGAAUGGAAGGCAGAAGCCUCUCCAGUGCAUGUCCACAGCAGCAGCUGAUGAUAGUAGGAAGAUGAAGCCUCACAUUGCUUGAAGACUGCCUUUCCCAGGUAUAGAUGAAACCAGAGCAUCCAGAUGUGCCGUGAAUAUUUCGAGUGAUUCACAUCUGGAAUUGGCUGAGCAUGGAGUCAUCUCUUGUGCAGUGUACUGAGGAGCUGUUCAAGCUGGGCUGUCCUGAUUUUCCUGAACCGAUUUCAUAGACACACUGCUGCUCCUGGACAUGCCCUCCACAAUUGAGAUGACUGGGUUGUGAGUCAAGACUGUGAAAUCCAUACCUGGAGCAGACUGGCCUUUGUCUCACAGACAGUUGCCUGCUUCUGUCUCCCAAGUGCUGGGAUCAGAGGCGUGCACCACCACAAACACGACCACACUUGACUGCAGGUGCUUCAACCUUGCUGGACUUGAGAAAGCCUAUGUCCAAAACACAAGGUGUACAUAUCUGUGAGUUAACAUUUGAGGGAAUACAUGGGCUACUUACUUAAAAGUUAGAGCAUACACAUGGAUAUAUACAAGGACACGGAUGCACAA